ACGAAAUCCAAAAAUUUCACAAACGAUCUUGAAAUGAAUAAUCCACGAUGACGCAAUGUCUAUGAGCAAUCAUUCAAAAGCCUAUGGCACUGCAGCCGUAGCGCUCGCCUUCGUGGCCGGAAUUUUAUUGACAUUGGGGAUGAAGGAUGUUUAUCCAGAUUUGGAACGAAGAUAUCAAAGACGAAGAGGCCAAUCGAGUAAUCCUCUCGACUCCCGCCCCGGGAGUACGUACCUUCCCCUACCUCUGAAGCUUGAAGAUCGUUCAAAAAGUGCAAGACAGUCCAUGGUCGGUCUACCAGUUCCACCGAUACCAGAAGGAAUUGAAGGCUGCAUUGGCAACACUCCACUUUUCAAAAUCAAGAGCUUGUCUGAAGCCACUGGGUGUCUCAUUCUAGCAAAAGCGGAAUUUCUUAAUGGAGCGGGUGGAAGUCCAAAGGAUAGGGUGGCAUUGAAUAUGAUCAAGAUGGCUGAAGAGGACGGCCUCUUGACGCCUGGACAAGGAGAUACUAUUUACGAAGGCACUGUGGGCUCGACAGGUAUUUCUCUGGCCACCUUGGCUAGAGCAAAGGGUUACAAGGCUUAUAUUUGUAUGCCCAAUGAUCAAAGUACUGAGAAGUCUGAUUUGCUACAUCACUUGGGCGCUACUGUGGAAAGAGUCACUCCGGCUCCAAUCACAUCCACGCAGCAUUUUGUCAAUCUUACAAGAACAAGAGCGAAAGAACAUACCGCCUCAAGUAAAGAUUCUAGCAAGGGAUUCUUCGCUGAUCAGUUUGAGUCUAUGGCCAAUCAUCGAGCACAUAUUCAGACCACGGGACCUGAGAUAUUCCAACAAACUGGUGGACAGGUGAGUGAUUCAUUUCCAUUUCACUCCUUCGAAAAUCUAUGCUAACAAAGUCUUCAGAUUGAUGCUUUCGUUGCUGGUGCUGGUACAGGUGGUACUAUAAGCGGCAUUGCCCUAUUUCUAAAGCAAGACAUGGGAAUGGAAGAUGAUCUCAAAGUCGUCCUCGCAGAUCCCGAAGGAAGUGGUUUGUACAACAAAGUCAAGCACGGUGUCAUGUUCUCCAACACCGAGAAAGAGGGAACGAGAAGAAGGCAACAAGUAGAUACCAUCGUUGAAGGUGUAGGCUGCAACCGCUUGACGGAGAAUUUCGAAGCAGGAAGAGAAUUGAUUGAUGACGCAGUCAGGGUUACAGAUAUUCAAGCUAUGAAAAUGGCAAGGUGGCUGGUGGAAAAGGAUGGCAUCUUUGUUGGGAGCAGCAGCGCAGUUAAUUGUGUUGCGGCUGUAGCAACAGCCCUCAAGAUGCCGAAAGGGAGUCGAGUUGUGACAAUACUAUGUGAUAGCGGGACGAGGCAUCUCAGUAAGUUUUGGAAGAAAGUGGGUGAGCUUGGUGUUGAAGAGGAAGAGCAUACAGACUUGGUAGAUUUACUGGGGUUGAAAACAGAGAGAUAAUCGAAUCACCAAAUACUUCUU